AUGAACCAAUUGCCUCUCGACCCCAUCCGAGAACAGCUUCGAGCAUCCAUGCUGUCACGAUUGAGUCAAAUAAGUCGUCAGAUAUCUCGUCCGCUUCCAAGUCUUGCGCAAUCGCCCACAUCAACCCUCGCUUCCCCUACCGCGUUUGGGAUCAUGACGUCGCCUGAAGCAAAGAGCAAAAGGAUGAUACAUACCGCAGGAUGCAUUAUCAUUGGAGAUGAGGUUCUAGGUGGAAAGACUACAGACACAAACUCUUCAUACUUUGCCAAAUAUUGUUUCAGCCUAGGCAUGAACUUGAAAAGGAUAGAGGUGAUCGGGGAUGAUGAGCAAGAAAUAAUAGAAGCAACGAGACGGAUGAGUGAUCACUAUGAUUUCGUCGUCACGAGUGGUGGAAUAGGCCCAACACACGACGAUAUAACCUACCAGUCAAUUGCCAAUGCCUACGGUCUGAAGCUCACUGAGCAUCAAGAUACUCUGGAACGAAUGAGAAGGCUAUCAAAGCCGCAUCGAUCGCAGCCGAACUUUUCGUGGGACGAACCAUCUCCUGCAUUGGAAGCAAAGAAGCGGAUGGUCAGACUACCAAUCGAUACUACAAGAAGCGAAGAGGGUCAAGUGCAUUUCGUCGACGAUGAAUUAUGGGUACCAAUCAGCGUAGUAAAUGGCAAUGUUCACAUUCUGCCAGGUGUUCCAAGGCUGUUCACACAGCUGCUAGACGGCCUAAAGCCAUUCUUGGUCCCCAGAUUGACAGAUCCAGAGGGCAAAGGCGUAUAUCGAAUGAUCGUCUCAACACCAAUGGCUGAAAGUGCAGUGGCGCCAUAUUUGACAGAGCUGGCUGCAAAGGUUGAACCGAAAGGAAUCAAAGUCGGCUCAUAUCCAAGAUGGGGAAAGAAGAGGAAUUCCGUCACGCUUGUAGGCAGGGAUAAGGAGCUUAUGGAAAGCUUGAUUCCUGAGGUCGAGAAGAAUGUUCAAGGAAUACGAGUUGAGGAUGAAGCUGACGCCGAUAAAAGCGACGACGAGCCAGAGACUUGA